AGUCGGCGCAGCGAGCCCAGGCGAGCGCCCUUUGCAUAAAGCCCUCCUCCUUGGCCAAGGUAGAGGAAGUUGGGCUCCCGCCUGGAUGGGAGGCGGGAGGGAGACCUGCUCCUGUUGUUUUCCGCCGGCGGCAGUGGGUGCGGGCACGAGGGGCGGGGUGCACCCUCCGGGCCCCGGCCGAGCGCUCCGGAGGCAGAAUCUCACUGGGAGCCCAGCGCGGCUCUCAGCCCCGACAUCGGACUCACCCCAAGCAUCCUUCCCGGGCGCUGUGGAAAGGGGAGCUGUUCGCUCGGUCGGUCGUUCCGAGGACCCGGGAGGAGCACUUGGUACCCGAGGGGCCGGAGCCCCGAGGGGCGCACGCCCAGCCCGGGCAGACCCUGCGUCGCCGGAGGAGCCCCUGCCCGCUCGUGGUGCGAGAUGGCCGCGCGGGUGCCCGAGACCCGGGUGCUCCUCUGCCUCGCGGCGCUGCUGGCCCGCUGGGUCGCCGCAGAAUGGGAGGUCGUCGCCAUCGGAGAAGCUCGAGAGAACAUCACUCUGCCCUGCGGCAACGUCUCAAGAGCACGGGGCCCGGUGACCUGGUACCGGGACGACUUGGAGCCGGUCCUUCUCGUCUCCUCCAACUCCAGCCUCCCGCCCGCUGACCCACGCUUCUCCCUGGUGCAUGCCAGCUCCCUGCACAUCGAGGCACUGAGCCUGCGGGAUGAGGGGAACUACACCUGCUGGGAAGUCCUGAAUGAGACGCGGCGGUUCCAAGUGUGGCUGCAGGUGGCCAGUGGCCCGUACGAGGUGGAAGUCAACAUCUCCACCACUGGCAGGCUCCCCAACGGCACCCUCUAUGCGGCCAAGGGCUCCCAGGUGGACUUCAGCUGCGCCAGCAGCUCCAGGCCUCCGCCCAUGGUCGAGUGGUGGUUCCGCGCCCCGGAUUCCAGGACCGAGCCCUUUGGAAACAACCUGACGCUCAGCUGCUUCACGCUGCUGCUGAUGUCGCAGAACCUCCAAGGGAACUACACCUGUUUGGCCAUGAACAUGCUCAGCAGGAGGCAUCGAAAGGUGACCACCGAGCUCCUGGUCUACUCGUCCCCUCUGUCCGACCUUCAGUGCUGGGCUGAGGUGUCACCAGGAUUGUCCGUGCUGCAGCUCACCUGUCGCUGGGACGGGGGAUACCCAGACCCUUACUUGGUGUGGACAGAAGAGCCAGGAGGUGCGGUCGUGGGGACCUCAGGCCUGGGAGUGGAGACGCUGAACCGGUCCCAGCUGUCAGAUGGCAAGAAGUUCAAGUGCAUUGGGAGCCACAUCGUGGGGCCGGAGUCGGGAGCCAGCUGCGUGAUUCAGAUCCGGAGCCCCUCCCUUCUCUCGGAGCCCAUGAAGACGUGUUUCGUGGGGAGCAACGUGACACUCACCUGCCACGUGUCUGGAGCUUACCCGCCUGCAAAGAUCCUGUGGCUGCGGAACCUCACCCAGCCCGAGGUGGUCAUCCAGCCCAACAGCCACUACCUCGUCACCCAGAACGGCCCGAGCUCCACCCUGACCAUCCAGAACUGCUCCCAGGACCUGGAUGAAGGCUACUACGUCUGCCGGGCUGAGAACCCCGUGGGGGUGAGGGAAGUGGACAUCUGGCUGAGCGUCAAAGAACCUUUCAACAUCGUGGGAAUUGUGGGAACCAUCGUGAGCCUCCUCCUGCUGGGAGUGGCCAUUAUCUCAGGGCUCAUGUUGUACUACAGCCCUGUGUUCUGCUGGAAACGAAACACUAUCAGGGGACAAGACAUGGCCGAUGUCAUGGUUUUGGUGGAUGAGGAAGAGGAAGAGGUGGAGGAGGAGGAAGAAUAUGCUGCAGGACAGGAGGAGGAGGAAGAGGAGGAAGCAGCAGUUGACAGGGAGGAAUCGCCAAAACAAAUACCCAAGCACGUCCACAUUCACAGAGUGACCGCCCUGGUGAAUGGGAACAUAGACUGGAUGGCCAAUGGACUCCAGGCUCUGCAAGACGACAGCGGUGAGCAGCAGAGCGACCUCCUUCAAGAAGAAGACAGGCCAGUCUGAAGGAAAAAGAGAUGUCCUCCGUGGUCCUGUCUCAAGAGCUCGGGAAGCUGCAGCGAAGAGGAGCUUUUCAUUCGCCUUUGAUGUGACUUGCACCCCUGCCUGAGGGCUUAAAACGGUUUGGGGCUCUCGGCAAACACGCACACACAAACACACACACACACUUUUUUCUUUCCUUUUUUAAAAAAAUUGGUUUGAUCUGUUGUACCUUUUUAAAAUGAUGCUAGAAAGCUUUGGGAACAGGCAGCGUGGGGGUGGGGGAAAGCUGCCUUUGGCAUCUAAGGUGCCCUUUGCGCUGUGACCCCUGGCGAUUAUCCAGGUUGACUGACGCUGAUUUGGGGGGAGCAGGAGUGGGAGGGGGCACUUGGCCUCAGUGCCCUUUGCCAUGAAAGGUCUGUAACCAGCUUACCUCAGCACACUAGGGUAUGGUGUGGGGCGAUAGGGACACUUCCUUGAUCACUGCCCAGGUGAGUCCAGGCACCGGGUAAACGUCAGCGCACUGGAAAAGGGGAGGAGGGGUCGCCUGCUGAUGCUAGUCAGGGAAGCCGUGGGGUUCAGGUUUUUGGAGUUGGAAGCGCCCAGACUGGAAUCUGGGCCUUGCUACUUGUUUCUCGGGCUUGGGUGGGUUGCUUUACCUCUCUCCCCUGGGCCUCAAUGUCCUCAUCCAUAAAAUAGCUGAAAUCGCAGCUACCUUACAGGGUCAUGGUGAGGGCUUUGGGAUGUGAAAGUGCCUAGGAGGUGCUCCAUAGGUGGUCGUUACCUUCUUCGCCUUCCCUAAGUGGAAGAAAAAAAUGUCCUUUGUAAGCUGUGAGCUGCUGCCUGGGCCCUUCAUUCUUCUUUGUAGAAUGGUUGCAGACGAGGGCAUUAUCAGAGCUCUCCUGAUGUUUGCUUCCCUGCAAAUACAAUUCUGUUCAAAAGAGGCAGGGGCCCGCAAGAGAAAGUGCCUUUCAUUAGAACCUCGCCUUUUGCAAAGCUUCAUAUUUAUACAAAAGCCUCUCGUAUGAUACACUAUUAGCUUUUAGACUUUCCCAUUCUUCCUUACUCCGGUGACUUUGAAAGAAGGCAGGGGAAAUGUUUUGUAAGGGAGUGUCUGGUGAGAAGUACUCCUUGGGCAGGCCAGUGCACUUGGCCUCGGUUUCUCCAUCUCUGAAACGGGGAAACUUGUUUGCUUCUCUUUAAGGGUAUUAUGAAGAUACACUGAUUAAUAAUGCUACGUUUUGAAUGCAAAUAGCAUGUGAUGAGUUUAAGCUGCUGAUGCUUCCAGUAGAGCCUGUACAGUUUAGAGAGACUUCCCCUGAUUUAAUUCAAAUCUAAAAAUGUCAGGGGUCUUAUGUGCAAAGGGUGUGUGCUAAGCAUAAAAAUCUGACUUGAAUUUGCACUCUUAAUAUUGCACAUUCUGCUCUGAUGGGCAAGACCUAGCGCUUGAAGGAGAACUUCCCUUCUCCAGUAAUGGGGACUGGAACUCCUAAAAUGAGACACUGGUUAUGUGCAAGGUUACCCUGCAGGUGUGCCUGGGGUUGGUCUAUUUUCUUGAAUGAAGGAUGAAGGGACUAAACUGAGCAAGUCAUUGGAAGUGAGUCCUGGCCCCAGCUGAGAACCCUGGGGAGCUCAGGAGCUGGCUGCAGAUUUGUGUCCGUCAGUCAGGAAUAGCUGUGAACUGCAGUCUUGUCGGGCUGGUCUUUUGCUGCGUGGUGUCUCGUGUAUGUAAACCACUCUAACCAGCCUAAGUUAGGGUCAUUUACAGAACAGGAUACUUAGGUUGCUUCUAAAGUUACGUAACCCUGAGCUCGUCUCUCCUUUAGAAUCUUCCAUGAGUUCCAUUCCCGCCUACUUUGCAGAGGCAACAAUAUUUUCAAAAAUGAAAGGAAACUGUAGCAAAAAUUCCCUGGCUGGGAACACAGGAUGAUUUUCAAGACCACUGUAAUGUUCCUGCAAUUUCCUCUUCUCUUGCACACGCACUUGAUAGGUAGGAAAUCUUCAACACAGAGUUUUUCCACUAGCAAAUGGGGGCUUCAAGGUCUUGGUGCCAAACACUAUAAACCCUGGACUAGCUGAGCUGUGACUAUCCCCCCUUCUGUCUGAGUCCCGUGUACACAUUCAUGUGGCUGGGUCAGUUAAGAACCCAGGUACUGUGCGUCUUCAGAUUUUAAGGAUUCUUUUUUUUUAAGAGUUAGAGGUUUUUUUUUCCCCUCUGUUUUAAGAUGACCCAUCCCCAAAUCCACAAGCAUGUUGACAAGGAAUUACAGCCUUUGUGUGGCAAAGUCCAAGCUGUUACAUUAUGCUUUAUGCUUUAUGUACAUUGUUAUCUGGGUGUGCGGUGCAUGCACAGACCAGCUCUCCUUAUCAGAGCCAGGAAGGGAACUAUUUCAGGGCUAUCACAACGGCUGUUUCUUUCUUCCAAAACCUGGUGGACAUUGGGGAAAGGGCUCCUGCACUCUUGUGGCUUUGAUAUUAGCUCCACUUCUCACAAGCACAUACAGGCUCUUACUGCAGCAGGAAAACACAUGGUGGAAAAUUUCCAUGACCCAUG